AUGCCACCUAAAGUGAUUUUCUUGAUGGCCGACUACGGCCACGACCCUACUGAAACCGCAAUUCCGUGGCAGGUUUUCCAGAACGCUGGAUUCGAGGUCUCUUUUGCCACCGAGAAGGGCGCCUCGCCGCAAUGCGACGAGAAAAUGCUCUCAGGCUGGACUGGCACUCUUCUGGGCGCCAACAAGGCCGGGAAGAAGGCCUACGGAGCACUCUCGACCACCUCGCCCAAUUUUCAAAACCCCCUGGCAUGGAAUGACACCUCGUUCAGCCUAGCAGACUAUGACCUCGUCUUCCUUCCUGGCGGGCAUGAGAAAGGGGUGCGCCAGAUCAUUGAUUCCCCACGGGUCCAUGAGCUACUCGCAAGCUACUUCCCUGAAACCAAGAAGCCAUCUCGAAAAUCCGUGGCGGCCAUAUGUCAUGGGGUGCAGGUGUUGGCCAUGACCUCGACAGGUGAAGGCAAGAGUGUCCUGCACGAUGUGAAGACCACCGCGUUGCCGGCGUUCAUGGAGCAGGGCAUCUUCCACGCCACCAAGCUGUUCCUGGGCGACUACUAUAAGACAUAUGGAGCUGGCACGGCUUCGGUUGAGAAUGUGAUCAAAACAAAAUUGGCUGACAAGGCUCAGUUUGCUAGCAGUCUCAAGCCCAGUCCGUACGUUGUCACCAUCGAAGGACCAAAGACCCAACAAAUCUGA